AUAGGGUAACUUGUAAUCUGUAACCUAUUACAUUUCCAAAGUAACCUUCCCAACACUGUUUAUAACCCAUUAUGUAAUAAGUAAAUGCAAUGCUGGUAGGAGGAAUGAAGAAAAAAAUUCCCAAAACAAUGCUCGGAUGUGAUGAAAUAAUCCUCUUGACCCCCCUGAUAUUUCAGGUAUUUCAUCAGUAAUACCUAAGUAAACGUAAAACUACAAGUUGGUGCCUGCAGUCACACUGUAUAAAGUUCUUGUCACUCCUCCCCUACAACCUACAUCUCAGCUCCCAUUUGCUGGCUACUUUCAUCGGCACAUAAAAGACUGAACCAGAGUACAGUAUUACAUACGUUGCUGCAGAUCACAAGGCAAAGGAAAUUACAAUCAAAAUCCAAUAAACCGAAGAAUGGAUCCCAGCCAGUUUUCCAAUCAGCCUCCAGACGCCUACAAUUCAUCUGAGAAAUCAGGGUUGCCUGCAGCAGCACCACCAGCAUACCAGCAUAAUCCUGCUGGAUAUCCUCCUUCCUUUCCAAACCAGCCGAUCCCCCAGGGCCCCUACACCCAGGGGCCAUAUCCAGGACAGCCUGUGGUCACUGUGCAGCCUGCAGUUUUUGUGACCGCCGCUCCACUGGCUGAUCCAGUGCCAGAUUACCUGGGUUACUCCAUCUUUACCAUGCUGUGCUGCUGCUUACCUCUGGGCAUUGCUGCACUGAUUUACUCCAUCUCUACACGAGAUGCCAACUACUCAGGACAGCGAGAAUUAGCAGAGAAGAACUCCAAAAUGGCACGCACCCUGAAUCACAUCGGCCUUGGUAUUGGCCUCGUUGUCAUUGUAUUGAUCAUUAUCAUCCAGAUUGUGAUUUGGUCUACUAGAUAAAAGCUGUUAGAGCUGACAUGGUUGGAUGCAGAUUACAAACAGAUUUGUUUUUCUGUAUUUUAAAUGUUACUUGCUCAAUCUAUCAUUACUCUAAUAUGCAUUAAGGCUGAUUGUUGUAUGUUUAAACCAAUGAAAGCAACCACACAGUUUUCUGUUGUCUUUACUUCUGUAAUGUUUUGUUCAGAUGUUUUGCUUAUGUUACAUAUCUUAUGUGCAGCUGUGCUAAUUUUAUAUAUAUAUAAAUAAAACAUAGCAUAUAUAUGUAUUUAGGUACACAUGUACACAAAUCUGUAUGUCUUUCUAUCUAUCUUUUUUGUUGUUGUUGUUGUUAUUUACCACCACAUUUAUCAUGCAGGAAGUGGUACGUCUGGCUUUUAAUAUGAGAGGAUUGUACAACCCACAUACAUACAGUAUGUGUGUAAUGUGUCUUCAAGAUUGAAUAUCGUUAAAGAAACACCCAAACAAUAUACCAAU